AUGGAAAGAACUCCGUUGUUGGGCUCCAAGAAACAGGAUUCAGCGACCUAUGGUGGGUACGUAAGUGAUGGAAGAUCUGUGGAAUCGGAUGAAAUACGAUCUAGCCGUUUUCGAAUAAUGAGUCCCGACUUGGAAGAAUCAGAAGCUGCAGAUCUGUCUCUUUUGAAAGAUUCGACCUUUCUAAGAGCUGACACUACUUCUGUGAAAUAUGAGACCCAGGUGAUUUUAAAGCAAGCAUUGCCGCUCACAUUGACAUUCUUCAUGGAAUACUCGAUGGCGGUGACGUCGCUGGUCGUAAUUGGGCACUAUGGCACUUCCGAAGAUCUGGCAUCGGCGUCACUGGCUGUCAUGACGUUUAACAUUACCGGACUAGCAAUUAUCGAAGGCAUGGCCACCUCUCUGGACACGUUUUGUGCACAGGCGUUCGGUGCUCAGAAGUUUAGUAAAGUGGGGCUUUAUUUUCUGCGUUGCACAGCCAUGAUCACAGUAGCAGCCAUUCCUAUAAUUCUGUUUUGGUGCAGUAGCGCAUUUUGGCUACGAUUUGUGAUUCCCGAGCACCAGCUACUUGCACAGGCCCAAAGCUUUCUGCGAAUUUCAUCGCUUGGCCUGCCAGGUCUCAUUUUUUUCGAAACAGGUAAACGGUUCGCACAGGCACAGGGCUUCUAUGACGCGGGAACGUGGGUCUUGAUGAUCACCGUUCCUAUUAAUGUAGUUUUGAGUUUCGGCCUGACUAAAAGGUUCGGCACACUUGGAUCUCCCGCUGCUAUGGCCAUUACCGAUACGCUCUCAGCGUUGGUACUUUUCAUGUACUGUCGGUAUUUAGAGCCUAGCAUUUGUAAUUGUUGGUACCCUUUUACCACCAGUUGGCAUCACUUUAAGCGAGUUUUCCAGCACUGGGGACCCAUGUGGAGUUUAGCAUUUCCGGGCCUAGUAAUGGUCGAAUCCGAAUAUUUGUCAUUCGAAAUCUUAACUAUUAUGGCAUCACAUUUUGGGGUCGAAGCGAUCGCUGCACAAGCUGUGGUCGCUAAUGUGGGAUCUUUGGCUUACCAAAUCCCAUUCUCUAUCGGUUGCGUGGUCUCUACAAGAGUAGCAGGCUACAUUGGGACAGAAAAUAUCAAAAAUGCAAAGAUAGUAGUGCGUGCUUCAUAUGCAGUUUCUGCUGGUAUUGGUAUAUUUGAUUGCUUAGUUCUUAUUCUUGGAGGAAAACAACUUGCUCGACUUUUCACCAGAAAUGAAGACGUCGUUGCAGUUGCAUACAAUGUUAUGCCAGUCUUGGCCAUCAAUCAAGUUUAUGACUCCAUAGCCACUUUCAGCGCGGCAGUUCUGCGAUCUCAAGGAAGACAAGCAAUAGGUGGUCUGAUGAAUGUGAUUGGCUACUAUGUGAUAGGAAUCCCAAUUGGCGCAUGGCUGGCUUUUGGUCCUCUAGAUUUAGAAUUGAAAGGAUUAUGGUACGGCUGUGGCAUGGGUAUAAUGACACUCGCCAUUUCUUUAUCAUACUUCGUUUUCAAGAGCAAUUGGACUAAGAUCUAUGAAGAUUUUCUAGUUCGUGAAAGCGAAGACGCCGAGGCAGAUCUAUUCAGUGUUGCAACAAGCUGCACUUCCUCGACUUUAUAG